AUGUUCAUCUGCUGCCACUAUACCGAGGAAGCCACGGACUACAUGAGGGCCGAGUCGUCGUCGGCGGAUGUGCCGACGGCGCAUCUCUACGGGCUGCAGGAUUUUGCUUUCCAAGCUUCGAGGGAACUGGCUGCAACGUAUUCCUCGCCCAGGAAUGCCAGCAUACAAGAGUUCCACGGUGGUCACCGCAUUCCCAGCAGUAAUCAGAUAUUUGCCCAGCGGGUAAUGUACCAGUUUAUCACAGGAUUUGGCCGACGAGCCUUGCUACGUCGCCCUCGGGGCGUCGGCAGGGACCUUGACAUUCGCUUCAUUACGGUUCAGGGCCGUCUCGACUUGGGCAUGUUCCUCAACAUGGCCCACGUGGAGAAUCAUGCCAAGCGCCACAAAUGUGCUGAAGACCCAGGCUAUGCUAAUGCCAGGCCAUAG